GCUGUCAAUUGCAGUCUGUCUGUCGCCUUGAAAAGGUCGAUACGUUUUUGUGUCUUGUAACGGUACUUGCUCGAAUAUCGUCAUCCCUUACGCGAGAUUAAAAGAAAAGAAAAAAAAAUCAAAUAUCCACCCCUCUCUAUUGUAUAAAUAUAUUAAUAUUCUAUAUUUGUAGUAGGUAUAGGUACCACCUCGUGCGUGUUUGUUGUUGUUUUAGUGAGAAAUAUUGGAAUAAAAGGGUGCUGUGGUUUAUUUUAAGGUUCAUCUUUUCUAUUACCGGCGUAAUACUACGUUUUUGGUCUCAUUUUGUCGGUUUUCGUUGGGGUUCACAACGCACGCGGGGGGCAAGUUGAGGUUUUUCUGAUAGUGCGACCGCAACGUGAAUGAAUCACAUUCAUUACCCCAAAAAGGUAAAGAAAAAAAAAAAAAAGGUGAAAAAAUCGUGCUCUUGUCGUCGUCGUUGUGUUGUUUUGUUGUGCCAUCGGGUUUACUUACCUCUUUCCUUUUCUCUCUCCCUCUCCCUCUCGAGGCCUCUUACAACCAUUUUUAUCAUGAGUUCGUGAAAAGUUUCACAUUUUGAUUACGAAAAUAGUGUAAAGGGCAGUUUGCAAAAAAAAAUAAAAAUAAGAAAAAGUGCAAUAGCAGUCUUAUAAAUCAGGGUCUACGGUAAACAGAGAGAGGUGCAGCGCAGAAGGAGAAACAUUGGCAUCAUCUAGAGUAGAAAAAAAGCAACAAGAAAAAAAAACAAUAAAAUGUCAGCACUCAACAGUCGUCAUCAAAAGAUGGAACAACAGAGACAACUGAUGGAAGCCUUAAUCCGCCAGAAACGUGCCUCACCCGGCAUGGUACAGGCUAGCGAUUUGCAAAUCAUGCGGCCCAUGUCUGGCAUGCGGAACAGCAAUAGCCGUGAAAUGCAUGCCUACGAUGGACCAAUGCAAUUCAUGAGCUCGCCACAGAAUCCCGAUCAAAUAUUGACAGCAAAUUCAAAUUCUGUGCGAACAACAUCAUCGUCCAAUCGCCAUGAAGACUUAAUAGAGGAAAUCUCUUCACAUGAAAUCGAGGACGAGGAGAGUAGCCCGAUUGAUGCAAUCACAGUUUCCAAAUCCAAUGACACCUCGGAAGACUAUGCAAAUCGAAAUGUUGCUGGUGCAGCGCCAAUAACGCCAUCUACUGGUGGAGAUGGUGGUAAGGGUGGGCAGAAUAUGUCCAACGAGCCGGAGGGUGAUGUUGUGGGACAAAUUGAUCAAUUUGUGAUGCAACCAGCGCCACAGGGUGUUCUAUUUAAAUGUCGGAUUACGAGGGAUCGGAAGGGCAUGGAUAGAGGUUUAUUUCCAAUUUAUUAUCUACAUCUGGAACGAGAUUAUGGCAAGAAGAUAUUUUUGCUUGGAGGACGUAAACGUAAAAAGAGUAAAACAUCAAAUUAUAUUAUAAGCUGUGAUCCAACAGAUUUAUCAAGACAAGCUGAUGGAUUUUGUGGGAAAUUACGUUCGAAUGUGUUUGGUACCUCGUUUUCGGUGUUCGAUAGAGGGAACAAAGAUGAUCCGGAGAGUCCAAGACUAGAUUUAGCAGCCAUUAUUUAUGAUACAAACAUUUUAGGUUUCAAAGGUCCACGUAAUAUGACUGUACUUCUACCUGGAAUGACAGAAGAGGAUCUACGAGUCAAAAUCAGUUCAAAUGACCCCCGGCAACAAGGCUUAUUAGAUAGUUGGAAAUCAAAGAACAUGGACAAUAUAGUCGAACUGCAUAAUAAAACACCCGUCUGGAAUGACGAAACUCAAUCCUAUGUGCUGAAUUUUCAUGGACGUGUUACUCAAGCAUCAGUCAAAAAUUUCCAACUUGUUCACGACUCAGAUCCAGACUAUAUCGUAAUGCAAUUCGGACGAACUUCGGAGGAUGUAUUCACUAUGGACUAUCGAUAUCCGUUGUGUGCGUUGCAAGCUUUUGCAAUAGCUCUAAGUAGUUUUGAUGGAAAAAUUGCAUGUGAAUAGAAAACUAAUGAAAAUGGAGGUUUUCUAUAAUUUUUUAUAUUCAGCUAGAUAAUUGAAAAUCAAAAAUUUAAACAAAAAACAAAAC